UGAGUGCCGAGUGACGUCCCAUUGCACUGCUACCCUUUUAAAGCCGCCGUCAGCUCUGAUGCGGUCAGUGUUCAGCCAGCCGGUGGGAAGCGAGGUGCGCGGCUUCAUUGGCAACUUAACAGAAGACGAUUUCCUAACGCGCUCAACUGAAAGAUAGAUUGGCGUCUAAGAUGGUCUAGGGGGAGAUCACUGUUGGACAGGCGAAUGUGAUCGUACGUUUAGCGGCUAGGGAGCACUACGGCUCGCUGAUUUUUUCGUCUCCUCUACAGUCUCCUCUUUGAGAGAUACGUUCCCAUGCGAUUCUUCAGACUCACAUUUAAGUGUUUCGUGGAUUGUUUUUGAAGGUGCUGUCUACCUCGGUGAUACCUUUUUGUGAACGCGUCUAAUUUUAUUUUAAAUUGCAUAUUUCGAUUUAUUCUCGGACAAAUUCACGUACAUCUAAUCUUAUACCUUCCCAGUUUCACUGCGAUCCUUUCUUUGGUUUAAUAAUCGAAAGGCACUUGCAAUUUCAAAAUUAUAAUCUAAAAUAAAAAUACUAGUGUCAACCAUUCAGUUGACCUAUCACUUAAACCCCUAUACUGAAACACGAAUUAGGGAUCCGAUUGUGUUUACAUUUAGGGGUGGCAGACAGCAGGACAAAAGGACUUUUGGUGUGAUUUCUUGGAAGAGAAUUGAACUCUGAAAAACGAUAAAGAGGACUCUACUAUCUGGGACUGUAUUGAAUUGUAUCAUUAUCGGCGGAUCAUCUUAAUUGGUUUCCCAAUCAAGCAGAGCUGUUGGAGCAGUGACAGUGCUUUGUUUGCGAGUGAAUACCUGGGAUGGAGAAAUCAACCCUGAACAGAGAGUGCUGCAGCGUGAAUGUCCACCUUGUUGAGGAGAAGAAGGGUCAACUGAUACCAAAUGGAAGUGGACACCAAGGUGUGAAUGGAGGCCUGGUUGCAAGUACCGGGACAGCCGGACCAGCAACUGCCCCUGGAACAACGCCCCAAAUACAGCCAGUGUACCCCCAGCGAGAGACCUGGACCAGACAAAUGGAUUUCAUCAUGUCCUGUGUGGGGUUUGCCGUGGGGCUGGGCAACGUGUGGCGUUUCCCCUAUCUAUGCUACAAGAACGGUGGUGGAGUGUUCCUCAUUCCCUACCUGUUGAUUGUAGUAGUGGGCGGUAUUCCAAUCUUCUUCCUGGAAAUUUCUCUUGGCCAGUUCAUGAAGGCGGGGAGCAUCAAUGUGUGGAAUAUUGCGCCACUCUUUAAAGGGUUAGGCUAUGCCUCAAUGGUCAUAGUAUUCUUCUGCAACACCUAUUACAUCAUGGUGCUGGCCUGGGGCUUCUACUACUUCAUCAAGUCCUUCAGCGCUACACUUCCCUGGUCGACCUGUAACAAUCCCUGGAACAGCGAGACCUGCAUCGAGAUCUUCCGCCAUGAUGAGUGCCAAAAUGGCACCAUUGGAAACUCCAGCUUCGGCAACUUGACGUGUGAGGAGCUGGCAGAGGGUCGCUCGCCCAUCAUGGAAUUCUGGGAAAAUAAAGUUCUGAACAUCUCAGAUGGGUUGGACCAACCUGGAGCCAUAAACUGGGAAGUGAUGCUGUGCCUCUUGGCUACGUGGGUCAUGGUGUAUUUCUGCGUGUGGAAAGGGGUGAAGUCAACCGGCAAGAUUGUGUAUUUCACUGCCACGUUCCCGUACGUCGUUCUUAUCAUUCUACUGGUACGAGGUGUGACUUUGCCUGGCGCCUAUGAUGGAAUUAUGUACUACGUCAAGCCUGACUGGUCUAAACUGGGCGAGGCUCAGGUUUGGAUAGACGCCGGCACACAGAUUUUCUUCUCCUACGCGAUUGGGCUUGGCGCUCUCACAGCCCUGGGCAGCUAUAACAGAUUUAACAACGACUGCUAUAAGGAUGCAUUUGUACUUGCUCUGAUCAACAGUGGAACCAGUUUCUUUGCUGGUUUUGUGGUCUUUUCCAUCUUGGGAUUCAUGGCAUCAGAGCAAGGAGUGGAUAUUUCCAAAGUUGCGGAAUCAGGCCCUGGCUUGGCGUUCAUUGCAUACCCCAAGGCAGUGUCUCUGAUGCCCGUGGCCCCGCUCUGGGCAGCUCUCUUCUUCUUCAUGCUCCUUCUGCUAGGACUUGAUAGUCAGUUUGUCGGGGUUGAAGGUUUUGUAACUGGGAUCCUGGAUCUGUUUCCUGGGAAGUAUUACAUGCGCUACCAGCGGGAAAUCGCAGUGGCGAUCUGCUGUUUAUUAUGCUUCAUAAUUGAUCUCUCCAUGGUUACACAGGGGGGGAUGUAUGUCUUCCAGCUCUUUGACUAUUAUUCAGCCAGUGGUAUGACCCUACUGUGGCAGGCAUUCUGGGAAUGCGUUGUUGUCGCCUGGGUUUAUGGUGCUGAUAGGUUUAUGGAUGACGUCGCUCGUAUGAUCGGGUACCGACCUUUCCCUUGGAUGAAGUGGUGCUGGUCUUUUGUUACUCCAUGUGUUUGCAUGGGUAUCUUCCUGUUUCAUCUGCUGAACUACAAGCCUCUAACCUACAACAACGCGUAUGUGUAUCCAUGGUGGGGAGAGGUGAUUGGAUGGUGUAUGGCGCUUUCCUCCAUGCUCUGCAUACCUGUUAGCCUGGUCUACAAGCUCUUCCGAGCCAAGGGCUCCUUCAGAGAGCGGUGGGAGCACCUGACCAAACCAGUCUGGGGAGCCCACCACCUGGAGUAUAUGGCCCCAGAUGCUGACGUGAAGAGCUUGGCAUCCUUCACAUCGGGUGCUGAAGACAACAAGGUCAUCGUCUUUGAGAGUGUCAUGUAGACGCGGUGUCUUUACCAGAGGUAGAUAGCUCAGGUCCAGAAAGUAAAAAUCCAGACUGAGGUUUUGUUUCAACCAACCAGUUGAGUAUUAAAAAGUCACAGUCACAGAGUACUCAACUGGUUGGUUGAAACAAAAUCUUGAUCUGGAUUAAUACCUUCUGGACCUGAACUAUCCAACAUAUAGGAGUACCCUCCCCCCUAAAGACAAGGUGCCAAUGUCAUGUGCCUGACCCUAACCAAUACUAUAGUAUUAUAAAAUUCGCUUUCCUCAUUCCUCAAAAACCCAUUAGACGCACCUGAUGUGCGCUUCUUCAGCCCCUUGUCUUAGGAGGGAGGGCAUGCGGCGCAAGUGGUUGCUCGGAUCUUUUAUUGGGCCGUGUCCUCCCCCCUCUCUGAAGAGCACCAAACCCAAACCGGGGCCCCCUGCUGGCCCCCACAGCGCAUGGCAGAGUUCUCACAGGCUGCCGCCGCUCACCUCACUGCCGUCCCUCCUCCGCUCAGAGGACUGCAGAGGGGUUUGUCAAGGGAGAGAAGAACGGGUCCCCUUGCUAGAACUUAAUCGGUAAACUAAGGAUUAGGACUUUUCUGGCUGGUGAUCAAAUAAAAACUUUUAAAUAAUCCUGCUGUGUGUGACCCCAGUCGAUAAGGGGAUCAUCUGAUAAAAUGACAUAUAGUCAUCACUCUGGAACUGCCUUUAUUCCAGAUACUUUUUGAUUUGUAAUACAAUUUGCAGUUCCAAUACAAAUAACUAAAAAUUUGCCUACAAUCACGAUUCAGCGCAACUUUAAACAGCCUUUAUGUAAAGCCUUUAAAUGAUGAGCCAGCAUACGAAUAAAAUAUAUCACGAAAUGCCAA